GCUGCUCUUCAGAUGACACCGCUGUUGCCAACGACGGGUUCAUGAUCGUAGCUGUUGUCGUCCUCGCCUCACUGCUCCUGCCAGCCUUCGCUUCUUCGGCCCCGCCUGUCCCUGAGUUCGACUUCAGCAACGCCACUAGCCGACUGCGAUUCUCAACUGACGAUUCGCUUGUGCUUCUGCACAAUUAUGGGCUGCAUGUACUGCUCGGAGGAAGAAACGCAGUCUUCAAUGUGAGCAUAGCUCCUCUGUCUGUAAUAUUCAAGUACGAAUGGGCCACAUCUGAUAGCGAUCGAUUAGAAUGUACAAAGAAAACCACAUCGCUGCACUUGUGCGACAACUACAUCCGCACCUUCUACCUCACACAAGCCGGUUUCGUCGUCUGUGGCACUCAUGGAUUGAAUCCCACCUGUGCAAACUUCCUUGAACGGGAAAGACGACCGCGUAGAUUAUUCGCUGGAGACGGCCUCGCCCCGCAUGCUCCAGACGUUAUAGCACCAUUUCUGUUUUCUGGUCGUUAUCUAUACACAGCUAAUGCACCUGAUUACUCGUCCACUGAGCUGCUACUAAUGAGGAAAGAUCCACUCAAAUCUGGCACUACGGACAUGCUACGAACAGGGAGAGGCGAAACACAGACAGACGGUGCCCAGUUUGUAAAGCUUACGGAGAACAAGAAUGAAGUGCUGGCAUUUUUCUCCGAGCCGCCAGCCGAUAUCGAAGGCUGCGGGCUGAGACGAGUUGCUCGAGUAGGACGAGUAUGUCGCGACGACGUCGGAGGAUUUGGAAAGCACCAACAUGAAUGGACGUCGUUCGUGAAGAGCCGCUUAGAUUGUGCAAUUGAAGGCAAGGAUCAGGAUACGCUCUAUUUCAACCAGCUAGCAUCGGUCGCCGCUGGAGUACAUUUCCUCUACGGGGCUUUUCGAUCUCAACUAGCUGGUCUUGGCUCUUCAGCCAUCUGUGCCUAUUCUCGUGCCACCAUAUCCCAUACAAUGGGAGCGGCUUUUCGUAACAGGAAAGCGAAUUGCCCUAGGGCGAAUGACACUUAUGAGCACACUUACAUCCGUAACAAUCCGUUAGUGCCCACCAAGCUCUCUAACUCUCCACUAUUUGUACAUUAUGGCAGUGACAGAUUCACAGAGAUUUUGGUGCAAGAAAACGUCGUGGACCUGGCUGGUCGCCAUAGCACAGCCUUCUUCAUCGCUACCGACCAAGGCAGGAUAUUCAAAGUUGUCAAAAAUGCAGUCAAAGCAGAAGCACGACAUGUUAGUUCUACAAAAGCGGUCGAGGCCUCAUCACCUAUAAUAUCUCUUACAUCACAUGUAGAGCGGCGACCAAAUCAGCAAACAGCCAGAAGUCUUCUCAUCCUUACAACUACACAGUUGAUACUGCUCCCAUCUUCAAUGUGCAAGCAGCAACAGAGCUGCUCAGACUGUUUGUCGAUGGGUGAUCCGGACUGUGCGUGGAUACUGCAUGGAGCAGAAUGUGUGUCUGUCAGCGAAAAUAUCUUUAGGCGGGAGUAUCUAACCCAAGAUCUGGGAAAAUGCAAAAGUCAAGUGAGCGAAAGGGCCACCACCACAGAAGAACCUACUCAGCAACGCAAGAUGCAAUGUCUGUGUGAGGCGCCUACGCAGCUGCCGUGCACCACUGAGAUUUUUCAAAGGGAAAUUGUCACUAGUUCUGCACAACUCUUGAGCCCUUGGACACUGUUUUUAUUCUGUAUCGGUCUCGCAUCGGGUGCACUGCUAAACUUAUUGCUUACGAGAUCAAGAGCACCAACGAAAAAGGCCUUAUCUCCUCCCCGUAUCGAGGCUUUUGCAAAUAUGCCAAGCUCUCGCCUAUCGAACAGCAUGCAUUCCAGUAUUCAGACUUAUUGCUAAGAGGAAGAAAGUGAUAUUCAGGCAAUCAAAUUUAGAAGGAAUGCCAGUAGGACUAUUACGCAAUUUGCGUAGUCAAAGAUCAAACGGUUCUAGUUUUAAAGUAUAGGUGCAAGGUACAAAAACGGAUUCGUUAGUAAUGACUGCCCGGAUUUUUAUCGGAUAAACUUGUCUCUUAAUCAUGUACAAACUGAUGCCAUCAUUGUUGUUUGUAGUCUAUAUAUGUUUGUGUUGUUAUUCUGAGAUGACUAGGCAGUCUAUUUAUUGGUACCUUUUCAGAUGAAUGUCGCGUAAUUUAAUAAAUACUAACUUUGAA